AUGAGCUACACGAAAAAGAUCGCCGACGCGUCGGUGCAGAACCGAUCGACCAGCCCGCUGAUCGCGUGGCUGCGCCGGAAACUGCUCGCCGUCGACCGGCUGCCCGUCACGCCGCCGCCCGGUAUUGCCGGACCCGACGGAAAGGCCAUCUACCAUAACCCUUCGCGUUACCCGAACACGCAGUCUGCCCGCAGCCUCGAGCCUGCAAAUCUGCCCGGCGGGGUCCAUCAUAAACUUGCGGCCAACUACUACUUGGAGAGGGACGGUCGACGGACCGUUGAGCCGCCACCAGCCAUUUAUGAGGCUGCUGGGAGCGCGGGUGCUUACAGGAAGCUGACCGGCGAAGAAUUGAGCCGAGCUGAAGCCUACUCGAAGGGCCCGGGCGAGAACUUUGGCCUGCAGGCGCCGACUCCUGGCUUUGGAGCAGAAUGGAAGCGAAGCAAGCACGAAGAGUUGGACACGCAGAAACACGACCAGGAAAUGGCCUACUUUGAACGAUUCGACCGCUACGCCAAGUCCACC